AUUCUACCGUCACGUCCUGGUUCCGUCAUUUCCGGUUAUGCUAGGAUAGAAGUCAAAAAUGUAGAAGCUUUGAUAUGCUAAUUUGCCAACAGAGUAUUAGCUAGCUAGCUACGUGGUAACGUUAAUAGUGGCUUCUGUUGACACUGCUAAUGCGGACGUUGGAUGAUGAGGAUAAUGUGCUACUUUUUGGAUUUGGGUUCGUAAGGGACUUUUUCCAUCCAGUUAUCAGUACUACUAUUUAUUUUUUUAUCGGAGGAAAGCGUAUUUUCAGUAUAGAUAGUGCCACCACUAUUUUGGUUUAAUAAAUUGAUUGCUAGCUAUCCUUGGUUCUUACACUGCGCUUCUGUUAUGGAAAUUAUUGCUUGUAAACAUUUCAUAGCUACUGAGCUACGUACGCCGGCAGACUUUAUGUUUGUAAGAAUGACCAUGGACGUUUAGUGAAUUUGAAGCGUUUUUCUUUUUUUAAUCCAAGAUCAAAGGAAGGUCACAAUAAAGUCUAUUUUAUAACAACAAACUAGCUAACUUAAAUACAUAGCUAACACGGGCUGGCUUGUUAACGUUAGUUGCUGACUUGCUCACUGCGAGCCAGCCAUGACGAUCUGACAUUUUGGGUAGGAACUUCUUGACUAGUCGGCUAAACGGUUGUACUGGGAUAGCCUUCUACGUUUAGUUAACUACAUAAACAUUGUUUAACUUGGCUGUCAUUUAGGUGCAGACUAGAUGAUUUGUCAGCAAGUUAAUGUUCGCUGUAACUAUUCCUCGCCAAAGGCCGGUAAACAAGUUAACGUUAUAGCAAGCUCGUAAGCUAACGUUACCUAGAUAACUAACGAAAACAUGACCCUUUUAGUCUAUCAACGUAUCUAGCUAGCUGACUAGCUGAGCUAGCUAAUCUCGAGGUUGGUGCGAAAAUAGCAAACGUCCUUUGUAAUAUUUUACGUUAUUAGUAAUCGGACAACUUGAGAGGUCAGUUAGCUAGCUAUCGAUAGCUACGUCUCUUGUGAUUGAACUUCGCUUGCUGGCAAGCUCUGGUAGGAUAGCUAGUGGUGUCAAAUUCAUAUAUUUUUUAUCUAUUAAGAUAUCUUGUUUGACUACAUUGGAAGCUUCAUUUUAUUCUGAGAUAUCAAAGCUUUUGGAAUAAAGUUUCAUUCGGCUAACUUUCGCUAAAUUUGAAUCUUGAAUAUUUUUUAACAAUAUCAUCGGAGUUUGAUACAAGGACAAGAUGAAUGGCCUAUCAGUCAGUGAGUUGUGCUGCCUGUUCUGUUGUCCGCCCUGUCCAAGCCGCAUUGCUGCCAAGCUAGCCUUCCUACCACCAGAGCCCACUUACGCCCUUUUACCGGACCUAGAAUCCGGGCCUGUGGGCAGCACAGGCUUGGGGGCGCCGGGCCUUCGAUCCCGCCUUGGUGGGGCAGGCGGCGGCGGCAGUGGUGGGGGUGGAGGCGGGGAUGGAAGAUGGAAACUACACCUGACGGAGCGUGCUGAGUUCCAGUACUCCCAGCGAGAGCUUGACGGUACCGAGGUGUUCUUUACCCGCUCCAGCCGCGGCAACCGAGUGGGAUGCAUGUACAUUCGCUGCGCUCCAAAUGCCAGGUUUACGGUCCUGUUCUCCCAUGGCAACGCCGUGGAUCUGGGCCAGAUGAGCAGCUUCUACAUCGGCCUGGGCACGCGCAUCAACUGCAACAUCUUCUCCUACGACUACUCGGGCUACGGCGUCAGCACCGGGAAGCCCUCGGAGAAGAACCUGUACGCCGACAUCGACGCCGCCUGGCACGCCCUGCGCUCACGAUACGGCAUCAGCCCGGAGAACAUCAUUCUGUACGGGCAGAGCAUUGGCACGGUGCCCACGGUGGACUUGGCGUCGCGCUACGAGUGCGCGGCCGUGGUCCUGCACUCCCCGCUCACCUCCGGCAUGAGGGUGGCCUUCCCCGACACCAAGAAGACCUACUGCUUCGACGCCUUCCCAAACAUUGAGAAGGUGUCUAAGAUCACAUCGCCGGUCCUGAUCAUCCACGGCACGGAGGACGAGGUGAUUGACUUCUCGCACGGCCUGGCCCUGUUCGAGCGCUGCCCCAAGGCCGUGGAGCCCCUGUGGGUGGAGGGGGCGGGGCACAACGACAUCGAACUCUACAGCCAGUACCUGGAGCGUCUGCGGCGAUUCAUCAGCCAGGACCUGGCAGCACAGCACGCCUGAGACCCGCCUGGCCCCGCCCUCACGCGACCCCGCCUCCUCAUUAGGCUCCGCCCCUCCGUCAGCCAGGACCUGGCAGCGCAGCACGCCUGAGACCCGCCUGGCCCCGCCCUCACGCGACCCCGCCUCCUCAUUACGCUCCGCUCCUCCGUCAGCCAGGACCUGGCAGCGCAGCACGCCUGAGACCCGCCUGGCCCCGCCUCCUCAUUACGCUCCGCCCCUCCGUCAGCCAGGACCUGGCAGCGCAGCACGCCUGAGACCUGUCUGGCCCCGCCUCCUCAUUACGCUCCGCCCCUCCGUCAGCCAGGACCUGGCAGCGCAGCACGCCUGAGACCUGCCUGGCCCCGCCUCCUCAUUACGCUCCGCUCCGCUCCACCAGCCAAGACCCGCCCCUCCAAAACGCAUCACAUCCAGCUGCACCAGCCUGUCCGCCUGAAGAGCAGUGCCUACAGAGGGAGGGACCUCCUGUCUGGCAGCUUGAUGGAUGGAUUUCUGAGUUUCAGUCCAUUUCCCUGUCAGUACGUCAGUCGUCCGGCAGCCAGGUCCCCUAUAUGUCUGUCUGUCUGUCUGCUGAUGUAUGUAUGUAUGAAUGUAUAUAUGUAUGUAUAUAUGUAUGUAUACAUGUACAUAUGUAUGCAUUUCCCAUUGGUUUUUCCCCUUCGUGUCUGUUCUCUUACCUCCUGGGAUAGUGCAACGAUUCAGCUUGUUUUUCUACCUCCCAAGUCUGUAUAAUUUGGUGCCUGUGAUUCUGUCUGUUUUACCGUCUCUCCUCUGUCCUCCUCUGGAAAAGAUAGAGCAGAGAGAGAGAACACAGGUAUACCCUCCAAACACGCCCCUUUCGGCUGAUUGACGACCUCUGGCGAGAAUCCGCCCUCGCGUGUGGAGACCGGAGCCCGGUGACCCCCUGCUGCUGGGUGGACGUUCACAGUCUCUUUCCCAGCCCUCUUUUUAACGAGGGAACCAGCCGGGCACCUGUGGGUCGUUAAUCUCCCUGCUCUCUCUACCUCCUUCCCUCCGCGCCCCCCCCUCGACCUCUCCUCUCAGAUAUAUACCGCCAGAAGCGCCCGCCCGUGAACUGAUUUGAGAUUAAGGGCCUGAGCCGAGGCUCGAGGGUUACCGCGAGGCUAGCCGCUGCUCCUGGGCGGGGGGGGCCGGCGCUGCGAGAACACGUGACCGCAGCCGCACGUUCCCCGUUCCGCUGAGGGAGGGGCUCCAGCACCUGGACCACCUGCUGUGUGGGCGGUGUGACGGGGGAGGGGUGGCUGGGGGGGAUCCUACCAACUGCUGCUGUGGAUCACAAUGGCAAACGACAUGUUCCUUUUUUUUUCUUUUUUUUUUUUUUGGGAACUGGGUGUUUUUCACCCCAGUGUAAUGUCUAAUUGUAUUUGAAGGCUAGUUUCAUUACUGCCACAUCCCUAUAAUUAAUACGGAGAGUAUUUUUUCUCCACUCGGCAGUACUGGAUCUGAGCAGCAUGGUCUUGUGUUCUACGCUCAUGCUAAUUUUGCACGGGCAACAUGCAGGCACCAGAUUCUGUUCCAGGCCGCGGGGAAGCAGUGACUAGCGCUUUACCUGGACCUGCCUCCUGGAAGGCACUGCGGUCAUUUUUUUACUGUGGGGAAACCUGCUUUACACUUGUUGCAGAUUAGCCACGUGCAUGGAAGUCUUUGGGAGGGAAAAGGCAGCAUUUUUUAAACUCCUGCUACGAGAAAAAAAAGAUCCACUUUUAGUAAAAAUUUAUUUGAAUUUACUUCAAUUCUCUCAUAACUACAUGCGUGCUUUAAAAACUCAAUGAUGGAAAAUUUGUCUAUUUUUAUAUGUAUGUAAAAAAAGGCAACUCCAAAUCACGAGGGAGUCUUCACAAACCAACACGUUGAGAAGAGUGCUAUGCGAGUGUGUUAGCGCGGGUAUGUGGCUGUGUGAUGUCAUACACCUAACAAAGAUGGCCGCCCCUGUCCCCAGAGAGUCGUAACUCCACAGCGCUGUUGACAGGCAUUGAGAAUGUGCCGUUUCUGCUCCGUCCCUUUUGACACAAAGCACAGUGAUCGCACUGUCCCACAUUAUUCAUGAAGCCGUUCUUCCUCGAGUCACUGUGAACUCAUUCACUUCAGAAUGAAAGCAGGGCUGUGUUUUGGCCGCCAUAAUGAAGGCUGAUGCCGAGAGGCAAAAAUCACCCUUGCGCGUUUUCUUGUUUUUCUUGCAACGUCAAAAUUGUUGCUUCAGGUUUCGUUCCAAAGUGUAACUCAAUGGAUUGCAUUAAGAAAACCCGUGCAGUUGUCCGUUAAAUGUGGAAAUGGCUACAUUGGUAAUCAGAUUACCUGUUGCUGGCAAUUCAUGAAUAGAAUUAGAUUGCCUGUGUUUUGACUGGCUGUUUGGCUGUGUGAGCUAAAGUCUGGGACCAAUAUGUAGAUCACAUUAUCAGGGAUUUGGAAUGUUUCAUUCUGUUUUGUCAGAACCAGACUGACCCACCCAGCAUUGUCACUGUUGUGCUCAGUGAUAAACCCUCCAUCCACUACACUUGGCUGGAUUACUCACACCUGAGACAUUCUGUCAGCAAGAGCCUUCAAAACAGCUAUAUACUUAUCUGAUUGUGCCCUAAACCUUUUUAUUAUGUUCCAAUUUUUUCCCCUUUCCUACUGGAAGACCUUUUUUAAUGAUUUUUUUAAUGAUAAUAAUGUGGUAAAUUACAACACACUAGAAACACUGCAUAAACUCAUUUUAGCAUCUCAUUUUUUUACAAUAUGGUUGGAGCUAAUAGUUAUGUCAGGCACAUGUAUACCUACAGAACAAACUGGCUUAUUGUGAAGUGCUGGGAUGGUGCCAGCAGUGGCCAGUCUAAUGUAAAAACUGGGUCUGUGUAUUUUAUGGUAAGCUGUUGGCCUGGAUAUGAAGUAUUAGCUGAACUUACUGCUAAAGACCAGGAUACCUUUAGGUCCAUGUUCUUGUAUACAUUCAGUAUACACUAAUUCAGCUUAGUAAAGUGAGAAAUCAGUCGCACUUCUCCAGUUGAGAUUUAUGUAGGGUUUGGGGUAAUUGUCUUGCAUGGCAUCUGAUCAUGACAAACACACACAGUUUCAGUACAUGUUUCUUUUUAAGUGUCAUUUGGUUGAUUUUGGCUCAAAAUAAUGACUUUGCCUCGGUGAUUAAAUUAAUGUGUGUAUCUAUUUUUUCAUCGUUCAGUUGAUUGAAAAAACAUAUUGGGCUGAACAGCCUUGAGAAGUUGUUUAGCUGUACACUAGAAUGUCAGAUUUCAAGCACCAAAGGCCAUUAGGUCGCCUGUUGGGGGAAAAAGUACUGUCCAGAGGCGGAAACACAAGAUUACAUGAUUUUUUAUGCUGUCAAUUUAAACUUUUCAGUUUAUGGAAACUUCAAUAUGGAUUUUUUUUUGGGGGGAGUGCAUUAUUUUAAGUUCUGUUCUUCUCAGUAAACCAUUAACCUUUUUCUUCAUGAUUACAGACGAUCUGUCCUACACAAUGAAAUUUACCCAUUUCUGGGAGAAAAUUGGGUCUAGGAAGGGUUGAUGGAGGAUUGUGUGAAUUAGGCUCCAGGGCUAUGGCACAUGACUUCCAAGCAUACUUGGCUCUCUGCUAAUUCAUGGUCCUGGCAGAAUGGGAUGCUGCAUAGGUAGCAGAGAGCAGGGAUAUAGCUUUGUCUCAAUCAUGAGUUUAGCUCAUGUGAAACCAAAGCAUACAAAAGAAGUCUCCGGCUAUUUCUGAACCCCGGGAAUGGUGGGUUUGUAGUGUCCUCUCAAUCAGAACCAAAGAAAACCGACACCCAACCAGAUAUCGUAUCUAAGCAGGUUGGCUUACUAGUAGAAUUGAGCAGUUGGGCACGGAGGAGAGGAAGGCAUUGGUUCUCCCCCUGAAGUGUGAGAGAACAUAAUUUGUAUGAAUGCAAACAUUUUCUUUAAAAAAAAUAAUGGGAGAAGUGAAUAAAAUGUUUUUUUAAUUGCUGAAAUGUGCUGUAUCAUAUUGUUUUCAGCUUUCUGAAAGGGUGUUCUUUUGGGUGGGGGUGGAAUAUCAGGGAAAGGGUAUGGGCAUGUUUUAUUGUAUCUAGUUAAACUAUGUUUAUAUUAUUUACAAUUUGUAUGUUUUUUGUUUUGUUUUUUGUUUUUGUUUUAAGAAGUCAUUUUCCUGAAAUAAAAAACCAUGUGGAAUAGAGAA